AUGUUAAUCGCUUCCAAGAAUCGUUUUUUCUUCUUUUUUUUCUGUUUCUGUUUAUCUGAAUCCAUUUUCAUCAGAAAUCUUUUUUUCUUGUUAACUUUUUACUUAUUUCUUUUUCUUCUUUUCCUUCAAUCUAUGUCCUUUGAUUAUUUCCUCUCUUUCUUUUAUUUCCGUUUCGCUUUCUUUCUUUUUUCUUUCUUUCGUUCUUUCUUUCUUUCGUUCUUUCUUUCUUCCUUCCUGCCAUCCUUUUUACUUUCUUUCUUUCAUCCUUUUGUUUCUUUCUUCCUUGCUUUUUAUUUCUUUCUUUCUUUCUUCCAUCCUUUUUCUUUCUUUCAUCCUUUUGUUUCUUUCUUCCUUCCUUUUUCUUUCUUUCUUUCUUUCUUUCUUUAUUUAUUUAUUUAUUUCUUCCUACCAUCCUUUUUUCUUUCUUUCUCUCAUUUUUUUGUUUCUUUCUUCCUUGCUUUUUCUUUCUUUCUUUCUUUCUUUCUUUCUUUCUUUCUUUCUUUAUUUAUUUAUUUAUUUCUUCCAUCCUUUUUUCUUUCUUUCUUUCAUCCUUUUGUUUCUUUCUUCCUUCCUUUUUCUUUCAUUCUUUCUUUCUUCCUUCCACCCUUUUUUUAUUUCUUCCUUUCUUUCUUUCUUUCUUUCUUUCUUUUUUCUUUCGUUCUUUCUUUCUUUCUUUCUUUUCAUUGGUUUCUCUAUCUUCUUUUCUAUCUGAUUAUUAAUUUGUUUUUCUUUUCUUUUUUCAUUCUCCACCUUCUCUCUCUCUCUCUCUCUCUCUCUCUCUCUCUCUCUCUCUCUCUCUCUCUCUCUCUGGAUCUUAUUUCAUUUACCAAAUCGCUGUUCAUUCUUUCUAGCCUAAGUAACAUCAAUUCUUGUCAUUUUUCUUUCUUUCUUUCUUUCUUUCUUCUCCAAGUCCCUCUUUCCUUCACUUAA